AGAUGUCAAAAAUUGAAUAUCUAGAAAAACGUUCUAUUAUAAUAUUUCGUGAACGUUAUGACAAAUUAGUUGAACGUCGACGUAUGGAUAUGAAAGAUAUGGCUGAUACAGUAUCUCAGCCAACCAUAUCAUCUACAUGUACAUCUAAAACACCUGAAGAAGUAAAAAUUUUUGAUGCCAGACGUAAAAGAUGUGCUGAACGAGAAUCCCGACGAAUACGACGUCAACGUGCUAGAGAAUUACAAAAUCCUACUGUCAUACAAGUUCAUGUUGAUGGAACUAGUACGGAUGAUGAAGAACCACAGGCUACAAUUGUUAAACGUUCAGCUGAUAUAGACGCUUUACUAGUGGAUGCAAAUGCUUUAUUCGAAGAUGUUGUUGAAGAAUUUUGUGAAUUACCAUUAAUCCUUGAAAGAUUUAUAGAAUGGCGUAAUAAAUAUCCUGAAUCAUAUCAACAAGCUUAUGUAUCGUUGUGUUUACCACAAUUAUUUAGUCCUAUAAUACGAAUUCAAUUAAUCGGUUGGAAUCCUUUAAAUAAUCAUGCUAAUCCAAUUGAAGAAAUGAAAUGGUUUCAAGAUUUAUUAGAUUUUUGUCAUCUUCCAUUAGUUGACAAUCAUAAAAAUACAAAAUCAACUAUUUUAAAUCAUAACAAAAUUGAUAAAAGCGAUAAUAAUAAUAAUAAUACUGCUGGUAAUAUUGAUGAUGAUCUUCGUAUAAUACCAAAGUCAAUUGAAAAGAUUGUUUUACAACGAAUAAAUGAACUAGUUUCUGCUUCAUGGGAUCCUUUAUCAGAGAAACAAUCAUUACAAUUAGUCAAUUUAAUGAAUAAUUUAUGCUCAACUUAUCCAACCAUUUGUAUUGGUAGUCGUCCAACAGAAAAAUUAUUCACUUCCAUUGUAAAACGUAUUGAAAAUACAAUACAAGAAGAUAUUUUCAUACCACUCUAUUCAAAAAGUCUAAUGCAACAUCGUCAAAGUCCAGCUUUUAUAUUCUUUGAACGUCAAUUUAACAUGGGAUUAAAGCUAUUAAAAAAUAUUCUACUUUGGUCAAAUCUACUCAGUGUAGAUACAUUAAAACAUAUUAGUCUUACUUGUUUAAUAAAUCGUUAUCUUUUAGUUGGAUUAGCUUGUUUAUUAUCAGUUGUUACUAUGAAAUCCAAUGAAGAAAAAUCUAAUCCAAUAGUGAAUUCAUUAUUUUCUACUGGAUUAUCAAUUGAUCAAUCUGGUUCAUUAGCAUUUCGUGAUGCUGUACAAAAAUUAAAAACUAUUGUUGAUUUAUUACCUUAUGAAUGGUUGAAAUCAUCAAUUCCUUCAGUAAAACAAGAUAAUGAUAAUAAUAAGAUGGAUAAUAAUGAUAAUGAUGAUGACGAGGAAUCUUCAAGUAAAGUAUCAUUAACUGGUGUUUCAGAUCCACUUAAUCAAAUUAAAAGAUUUUUAACACAAUUAUUAGAAAAUAUACCACCUACUCGAAUGUAUUCAGAUAUUAAUGUUGGUCAAGCAGAUAUUCAAAUCAUUGAACGGGAAUGUAUGGGAACUUUGUUACAAUUACAAGAUUUAUUAAAGAAUUGAUCCCCAUAUCUAUUAUGAAACCCUUGCAUUACACUCAAAUGUAUGUAUUUGUUUGUAUGUUCAUAUAUGUAUAUAGUUUGUUUUUUAAUCAUUUUAUAAAUGAGUAAAAAAAAAAGAAAAAAUAUUUAUUUUCCAGUUUUGAAACUAAAGAUUUUUAAGGUAAUUCCAUCUCUACAAAUAGAUGUGAAUUUGUAAAAUACAAAGUACUAAAGAUUCCCUUUGA